AUGUCUGCCAAUGUCGACUCCGACACCAAAUCGGCACAGCCUUCAAAGAUCGAAAAGAGACCCCUUUCUGCGCCCAGGGACUUGCCAAAUGUCCAGAAUGCUGCUGGGGCCUCCGAACCAACUCCUACUUUUCUGGGAUUCACCUUAUACAAGGCGGAUCCUAUGCCCAACCAAACUCCAACCUGGACUUGCGUGGAACGCACCCCCUUGCAUCUGAGUCAAGACGAACUCUCCAAGAUGGUUCAGAAGCGAGCGAACAAAAGAUCUGCAGCACUGCAAUAUGAAAGCGUGUCCUCGAAUAUCAGACGCGCCCAUAUAAAUCAACUGAUUGACGAACACAGAUGCAAUAACCCACUUGUUCAGUGGACCUGCGUCUACGUCAAAGAAGUUGCCAGACCAUCCAAGGCCCGAAAUGCUCGUCGGGGAGACUAUGAGACAAUUUCCAUGGUUGUCAUUAUCAUGCAGAGGCCUAUGAAGUCUUCAGCUCAUGCCAGGUCCCCCAUGGGUGACAUAGUAGAUCUUGGGAGAGCCUUCCAACCCGAGUCGAAGCUUCCAUCAAUUUGGCCACAGCAUGUCUCUCAGCCUGUGCCGCUGGGUCAAAAUGGGAAUAUUUUGCGGUCUAUGGCUCAAAUUCCUUGUCAGCUGGCCUCAGUUGGGAACCUUAGCGCAGGAAAGCGAGAACCGCUUCGUGAGCUCACCCAGUCAACUGCCACUAUCACUGAUACAUUGGUAAGACCGGUGCUCACUGCCGCAGACAGCGGUGACAUGGACUUGGCACAUACUUCCGAUUCCGAGUCUUCAUAUGGAAGUAGCAGUGACUCAGAUAGUGCAUCCACCAUAGUUGACCAGUCUGACGACACAUCUAUGACAGACGACUCAGAUAGCAUGGAUACUGAGACUGAGAACUGCAUGCCACGACCUAACAAGGCUUAUCUUCGACUGGCUGCUAGUCCCCGCCGCCGCGAGGCGAGUCGUGGGCCUUCUUCCCGUCACGGGAUUCAAAGCCGUGGUCUUGAGAGAAGACAUGACAAGAGCUACUUCCUCCGCGACCGAGUUGAGGCGACUCUGAUGAAGAGUUCUGUGCCAAAACGAACUGAGAGAGCUCGGUCUCGGGGUUCAGCAUCUGGGAAAAGAUAUAAAAUGCAUUUGAUCGACGACAAUGAAGCUCGAAGCCGAAUGCUCGACUAUCGGGAAGCAAGUAUUGGACAGCGGGAAAAGAUGCUGAAGAGGACAUUUUCAGAAGUAUUUCAACUUGAAUGUCGCCAGCCAGUGAAGGAUACGUCGGCAGCAUGCCGUUGUACUUGUCGUUGCGCCAUCAAAAAGAGAGAAACCGUGUGA